AUGGAGAAUCGACGGAGAUUGCGGGAUUCGGCGUCUGAAUCGACGGCUUCGAUCGGCGCUAAGCUUACGAGACUCGCUUCGUGGCAUGAUCAAGUGAAGGUUGCUUAUCAACAGCUGAAAUCGCAGAUCAAAUCCGGUUUGGGCGAAGCGGAGGAUGUGUUUUAUUCCUUGGUGAUUCCAUCGAUGAAGCUGGUUGGUUUGAAAACAGAGGAAAUGGCCGAAGAGGGACGAUUCAACACGAUCGUCGUGGAUGCUGAUUUCUCUCCCGGCCAGGGAUUCCGUCUGAACUGUUUCACAACUAAGUCACCAUUGAUAUCGCCAACUGUAGCUGGGGGAGAAUGGAGCAAUCAGACCAGAAAGUUAGGGAAAUCUGGUAUCCACUUUUUGUACCUUAGUUCAGUUGAGGACAACAUGGAGGGAUUAGUGGGAGAUUUAUCUGAAAGAAUGUGUAUCCCAAUGGUGGAGUAUGUCAAAGGUCUCAAAGCUGACUUGAAGAUUGGAACAUGUGCUCGCCUGCUGGACUCUUUGGAUGAGAUUGAAAGAUCCAUGAGAAAUAGUAGGAAUGAGUUAGAGAAAGCAAGGAAAAUGGUCCGACUAGCAGAGGAGGGGAGGAUCAACGCACUGUGCAAGUUAAAGGAGACAGAAGAGAAAGUGACAGGAAUGAAGGAAUGCUAUGAGUUCCUUGUUGCAAUUCAAAAAGAGCAUAUUGCUCAACAUGCCUCACAUAAGACCAGAGAGGCGCAUAGGUCUAGCUUUUGUGCUGUGCCACCCGUAGUUCUUAGGCAUGGAGGAAGCCGGGGGAAACGACAACAACAUCGGAAAACGAGGAGGUUCCGAACACCUGGGAGUCCAAUGGGACCUAAAGAGCUUCUCUACUUUGAGAGCAACAGCAAGCAGCAUCAAUCUACAAGAGCAAGGCCUUCAUUACAUCACAGGCCAGUCGUUCAGAGUAAUUUUCAAGCUCUGGCUUCAGACACUCGGAUGCCGUUAGGCUUAUCACCUUCAUCGGCAGUCCAGCGAGCGGGUUCACGCAAGCGCAUCAACCCUUGGCCCCUGAGUCCUUGA